AUGCACACACCGAGCCUCCCACUCCUUUCAUCAUUGAUUCGCUCUGCUCUGCUCUCUUUUUCUCUCCCCCCUCCAUUCUCUCUCUCUCUCUCCCUCUCCCUCUUUACAGCGGCACUUGUUGAAUUCAGCCCUUGGAGAGUAGUGAGAGGGGAGAGAAGCAGUGAGAGAUAAUGACAAGGAGGCAGAGGCAGACUUUCAGACACUGCUAGAAUGGAGAAUGGGGUUUCGGAGGAUAUAUAGAUAGGAGCCAGGAAGAGAAAAAAAGUCAGUCAGACAGCUGAGAGAACCAUCUAUGAGACAGUGGGAAUGACACUUUAAGUGAAAGAGAGAGCCGGCCAGACGGAGAACAUCAGAGCUCUCCUUCCAUCUGUAACUACUCCUCUUCUGUCCUGCCCCUGACUGCUGCUGGUGUGUUUGUGUGUGUCACGGCUCCAUGGUGUGCUUUAACCAGAGGACUGGCUCACUCAGAUGCCUCUCUCAGUGGCAGAGACUGCAGUGAAUAUCUGAAAACCGAUCUUCCUCUCCUUCCACGGCCAACAUGUCCCAGCUGCUACAUGUGGAGAUACCAAACUUUGGAGCCACUGUUCUGGGCUCCCUCAAUGAGCAGCGCCUGCUGGGACACUACUGUGAUGUAUCCAUUCUAGUGAAAGGUCAGGCUUUCAAAGCCCACCGGGCAGUUCUGGCUGCCAGCAGCCUCUACUUUCGUGACCUCUUCAGCAGCUCCACCAAGACCCAGUUUGAGCUGCCUUCCUCAGUCACACCUGCUUGCUUUGAGCAGAUCCUCACUUUCUGCUAUACAGGGAAGCUAACAAUGGCAGCUAGUGAACAGCUGGUGGUCAUGUACACAGCUGGUUACCUCCAGAUUCAGCAUAUAGUUGAAAGAGGCAUGGACCUAAUGCUCAAAGCAAACUCCCCUCAUUGUGACUCACAAACAGCAGGGUCCUUAGAAGAAACAGGAUCUGAGCCCCAGAGUCCCUGUAAUAAUGGCAACGGCCUGGCAGUGGCCGCCCUUCUGGGGACUCCAGGCUGGUCCACGUCCCUCCUGAUGCCCCAGCGGAAGAUUAAGCUGGAGGGGAGUGAUCCAACACCCCUCAUUGUGCCCUCAACACAAAGUAAAAUUUCAUCUUCGGAGUUGGGAAGUAGGCUGGAAAGGUCACUGUUCUACACAGCAGCGGGAGGGACCCCCAUCCCGGGCAUGCCUCCUUUUCUACUUCAAGGGACAAAUGGAGGUGGAGUAGGAGGGGGGGCCGGCGGAGGAACAGGUGGUGAAAGGUCCAGUCCUGGUGCUUCCAGCCUGCCCACCACCGACAGUCCCACGUCCUACCAAAAUGAGGAUGAAGAAUUUGAAGAAGAGACGUAUGAUGGGAUCACUGAGGAGGCCUACACUCACAUCUAUGGACGUUCAGUUAAUCCCUAUGGAAUCCAAGACAAGCCAGAGAUGGCAGCAGUGCCCUUGGCCUUGGAGAAUCGCAACUGUGUGCUUAUCCGCAGAGACCUGGUGGCGCUGCCUGCAAGCCUCAUAAGCCAGAUCGGCUACCGCUGCCACCCUAAGCUGUACACUGAGGGGGACCCUGGGGAGAAGCUGGAAUUGGUAGCUGGGACCCAGGUGUUCAUGACACGAGGCCAGCUGAUGAACUGUCAUCUGUGUGCCGGAAUCAAACACAAAGUCUUACUGCGCCGUCUCUUGGCCACAUUCUUUGAUAGAAACACCCUGGCCAAUAGCUGCGGGACAGGUAUCCGUUCUUCUACAAGUGACCCCAGCAGAAAGCCCCUGGACAGCAGGGUCCUCAACGCUGUCAAACUCUACUGUCAGAAUUUCAACCCUAACUUCAAAGAGAGUGAAAUGAAUGUGAUUGCUGCUGACAUGUGCACAAAUGCAAGGCGUGUCCGCAAGAGAUGGCUGCCCAAGAUCAAGUCCAUGCUUCCUGACGGCAUGGAAGUGUACCGUGCAGGGAUGGGCAUGGGUGCUGCUGUAGGUCUGGGCCUGGCACUUGGCGCCCCUCCAUCAGGAGUGCCGCUCUCCUUUGAGGCUGACUUCAAGACCUUAGAGCAAAGGCUGUACCCAGAUCGCAAAGACCCUCUCAGGACUCAGCUGCCACUCGCAGAGGGCAGUCCGGGGUCUGGGGCAGCCGGAACAGAGGCUGAAGGGGAAGGUGAAGCAGUAGUUCAAGAGGAACAAGAGGAGGAUGAGGAUGAGGCCGGGUCGGAGGGUGUAGACAGAUCACUGGGGGCACCGACUUUGAUCCCAGGUGCUGAGGCGGGCCACACGCUGCCUGAGCAAAAGGUGGAGAGUUUUGAACAAGGUCUUAGAGCUAACGGACAGUGAAUGUCCCUUUGUGCCGCCGCUCAUAUCAUGAAGUCUGUUUAACACCCAUUUUCUUUUGCUUGCUCUAUAACUCAUCUUGUCCACCACUCUUUCUUCUCCUCUGUGCUUCCUCAACAGGAAAUCAUCAUAAAAAGCUUCACUCAUAGAUCUUAUUACACAGGAGUUUGUCACACAUGCAUGCGUACGUGUGUGCUUGCACACUUUCAUUCUUACCAGUAGGGAAAGCAAAACACUUCAAGAGGUAGACGCAGGCAUGGCAUUAGUACAUUAAGUAAAUCAGCCUUUUCAGUUCUGCCCCAUUUCUGAUUAUAAUAAGUAUUUGCUCAGCAUUUGGGCUCCUGCAGCUACAGUACAAAAGCCAACAGCUGCUUUGUGGGCAAUUUAUGGAGGGUGGUGUAAUGCUUUGUAAAAUUAUUCCUGUUUCCCUUUGAAAACUGCUGUUGAGAACAGUCCAGUCAAUGAAAAAGCUUUUGAGAAAUAUGCAGACCACCUUGCAUUACAUCACCAUUUAAUGAAUAUAGACAGCAACGCUCAUGUGGUGUUAUGGCAAAACAGCUUUCUUUCCGAUUAACUUUGCAUGUCACCCAUACACUGGGGAUUAUGAAAGUUGUUUUUCUGCAAACGCUGAAUUUUUUCUUCACAAUCCAAAACCAAAUCUAUCCCAUAUAGUUGUUGUUUUUUUCGUGCAUAUCUUCCCAUGACAUCAAAUUAGAAUUUCAAUGCUAUGCCUGUGUCUGCUACUGACCCCAUCCCUCCUCACCACACAUCUACAGUGUUAGCCUUUAAUAUCUAUGUCGACGUAUUCAAACAAUGCACUGUCCAAAAAAAGAAAAAAAAACAUGUUGCAAUGCUUUUUAACUUUGAAAAAUCUUUUGAAAUACGACGUUCUGUCUUGGAGAUGCAGAGACAUGAAUAAUAAGACGAACUAAGCUCUGAGCUUGCAUGCAUGAACACAAACAAAUGGAUAGGAGGAGGUAUUGAAAAUAACAGCAAAGCCACAAUCCUGCAUCAAAAUAAGAUAACAGCUACUGUUGCCUGGAGCUAUGCCAUUAAAACACGGAUGGACUUUCUCCAUGUCUCUCUUGAAUCUGACCUCAGUCUAGCAAACGUUUGAACCGGCCUUGGUGUAACCCAGGAGUGACUGUCUUUGACACAACGUUAGAUUGAAUUCCUGUUCUUUAACUAAAGAAUGUGCUGUCACCAUAAACAAGAGAAUGAAUAUGUUGCCGAAAGAGAAAGUAAACUACACUGCGUGGUAGAGAAAAAGAUGCCAGAGAGAAGCACUGUCUUACCUUGAUGUGGUGCUAUAUGUGCCGAGACUACACAGCCCUGCUUCCAUCCUUUUUGUUCUUUUUCCUUGUGGGUGGGUGGGUAAAUUAUUGAAUAAAACUUUUAAGAGCAAUUUAUGCUGGCUUACUGAAUUGCACUCAAGAAGGUAAGGGUGGGAACCUGAAGCUCGACUAACUGAACCUGUAAGGACUGAGAUUGCCACCGCAUCACCCUGAUUACAUUCUUAAUCAGGCAAUUGUGGGCUUGGAUUGAAGCAAAAGGUCUCUCGAGUUUUUGAUGAGGGAGUGAGGCCAUGCAUCGGUUGUAUUCAUUUUCUUUUCUUUUUUUUAUAUCUGUGUCAUGCUUGUUGCCACAUAAAGGAUGCAAUCAUAAUUGCCUCCCUAUAUUGUUUCAUGCAUCAAUUUGAUAGAAAAUGCACUGUUAAAUGUUACCCUUCUCUUUGGUUUUGAUUUUGUAUUUCCUGAUUGGCAAUGAAAGCACAUUCAAUCACUCAAGUAGACCAUUCAUUUCAAUUAAUCGUUUGAAAGACAUUUUUGGCCUCCGACAUUUAGGAUGAUUUCAUUUUAUUUAUUUAUUUUUUCUACAACAGAGGUGAUUGCACAAAUUAAGAGCUAAGGAAAAAGAAAGCACCUGCAUACAGUAUGCCCCUUGAUCUCUUUCUUUAUGCUUCAUUGAUGUGCCCCUUCUUUAAGCUGAGCUUUAAGAUGGCCCUGCACAAGAAACACAGGGUUUUGAUUGCACUAGGUUAUGAUAGUGAAGUUUACAGUUUUCUUUUCCCUUGUAUGAAAUGUGGUGUGCCAUAGAUAUGACAGGGCCGUGAUAGAACGGUCGAAAUGAUGGAUGAAUGUAAACGUGCUGCUUUGGCAAGGGUACUGGCCUUGAUUCAAUUUAGUGUAUUAAUUAAUCUUUUUUAUAUAUAUAUAUAUA